AUGGAGAUAAGUGAGCUUAAAUUGCACAUAUGUAGUGACCUUCUAUUAGAGGGUUUAGGGAAAGUUGAAGAGACUAGCAUAAUCUGGAAAAAAUUUUCCAAAAUUUUGAAAACAUCUGAGGAAACCAAACAAUCCAAAAAUUCAAAAUUCUCUGAAAAAUCCGAAAAUUCCAAAAAUCUAAAAAAAUUUGAAAAGGCCGAAUUUUAA